AUGAUGAAGAAAUAUGAAAUGACAGAUAUCGGAUUACUGCACAAUUUUUUGGGUUUAGGUGUGAUACAAACUGAGUCCUACAUCUUCUUGCAUCAAAAAAAAUAUGUAAGAAAAUUGGAUAAGUUUGGCUUCAAAGAUUGUAAAGAGGUUGCGACUCCACAUGCUAUGAAUGAGAAAUUAUCAAAGGAGGAUGGAAGUGAACAGGCUGAUGAAAGGGUGUACAGACAGAUAGUUGGAAGCUUAUUAUAUCUGAUAGCAACAAGGCCAGAUAUCAUGUUUGCUGACCUACAAGGAAGCAUAUGGGGACUGCCAAGAGAGUACUUAGAUACAUUCAAGUCGAGCAAAGAAUGUGUAGCUCUAUCCACAGCAGAGGCAGAAUAUAUUAGUGUAGCAGAAGCAGUCUUGCUGAGGUUUGUUCUAUCUGAUUUUGGUGAGGAACAAGUUGAAGCUACUCAAAUUUUCUGUGAUAACACUUCAGCAAUAGCAAUAACAAAGAAUCCAGUACAUCAUCACAAGACAAGGCAUAUAAACAGAAGAUUUCAUUACAUCCAAGAUGCUUUGCAAAAUGUUGAGAUUGAUUUGUUAUACUGCAGAACUGGAGAGCAGAAUGCAGAUAUCUUUACUAAGGUGUUGGCAAAGGAUCGGUUUGAAAAUCUAAGGAGCAAGCUUGGAGUCAUUUCAGCUAAACACUUAGAAGGGAGUGUUAAAGUAUAA